AUGGUUUGGAUGUGGGAUUGUGAUAUUGAUGUUGUUGACCACGAUGAUGAAGAGGAAGAGGAAGAAGAGUCUUUGUGGAUUACAGGUUUUUUUGGGAUAGAUAUGUCUUCCCAAGACGGCAUAAUGGAUAUCGAUGAUGAGGAUUCUGUUCCUGAGCACCUGGAAAAUAAAGAUACAAUGCUCAAACUCGAAUUCAUCGAUGAUUUGAAAAAAUUGGGUAUUAAUGAGCUGGUUAAUCUUCCGCAGCUCGUCGUAAUAGGCGAUCAAAGUUCGGGCAAAAGUUCCGUUCUCCAAGCCAUAACGCAACUUCUCUUCCCCGUAGACGACGGUCUCUGUACUCGGUUCCCGACCGAGGUUUCCCUGCAACGAGCAGCGGAUUUGGCGCUCGAGAUUAGUAUUGCGAAACCCGUGCGUGCGUUUGAUGCGCUGGUUCAGCCGGUUUCGUUUAAGAGGUGGUUGGAGAAACAGGCGCUGCGUAUUGAGGAGUUUAAUGCGAGGUGGACAGGGCAGGAUGCGCAUAUGGUGGAGUUUGGUGAUAUUAUUACGCAGGCAAGAGUAGCAAUCAUGGGAGAUUCCAUUGAACCGAGUAAAGCUAUCACGGCGCAAAACAGGAAAAACGUACUCAGUGAUGCGACUCUGAAAAUUGUGAAGAAGGGUCCGGGUGAAAUCAAUAUUACAAUUAUUGAUAUACCUGGUUUGGUUUCACCAAAUCAUACCGCCAAUAAAAUGGCUAAAUCAUUGGUGGAUCGUUACAUAAAUAAUCCCAGAAGUAUUGUUCUGGCUGUUGCACAUCCUGCAAAUGUGGAAACUCAAGAUAUUUUCGAACUUAUUGCAAAGAUUGAUGGGUGGAAAGAUCGUGUCAUUGGUGUUAUUACUAAGUGUGAUAAGAUAGAAGUAGAUGGGGAUGAUUGGGUUUACAGAGCCAUCAAGAACGAAGAGUCUGAUCUUAAUUUCAAUAGGUGUCUCAAAUACGGCUGGUUUGCAUUGCGGAAUCUUUCUCCCGCAGAAAGAAAAGCUAAGCUCAGUAGCAAUGAUCGAGAUAUGAAGGAAGCAGCAUUAUUCCGUCAAAAAGCCUGGACAGAUCUCAAAUGUCCCCAAAAACUCGGCAUCAAGAAUCUCAAAGAUGCUUUGACGAUAAUGCAUAAUGAAAAUGUCACACGAAGUAUUCCACAACUCAUUCCCGAAAUUGAAAAACGUCUACAAGCUGCUGAGGCGCGGAUUAAAGGAUUAGGUCUGCCACGAACCACACCGGAGAGUCAGAUGAAUUGUCUCGUCAAUCUUGCCACGAAGUAUUCUCUUCACGCAGCUGAUGCUAUCGAUGGACAUAAUGAUCGUUUACCCGUCAGUUGCGCAGAAGUAAAGAUUCGAAAAAUCGUCCGUGAUGCUCUCAAUGAUUUUAGGGAUAAGAUGAUUGCGGUGUAUGAAGAACGAUUCAAUUUCAAUCGUCCAGCAUUUUCUCUAGAAUCAGAGGAAGAACGAACAUGGGAAAGAUCAAUACUUAAAAACAAGUACUUAUCUGAAAUCGCCAAUUGCAUCAACGAUAAUCGUGGCAUGGAAAUGGCAGAUGAAGUUAACACAGCCGUAUUACGCAGUCUCUGGUGCGGAAUAACACCAGAUUGGAGAGAACAAACGCAAAAACUCAUCGAGCAUCUAAUCAAAGCAAUAGGUAAAUCAGUAGAAUUCCUACUCCGAGCAAUCUGCGACGAAGAAUCCCUCCGUCUCAACAUUCAAAGCCUCCUCGAAGAAGACAAAAAAAAAAUCCAAAGCGACGCGCUUCGCGAACUGGAACAUCUUCUCAACGACGAAAAAUCCGGCCUAAUCGUCACGCUCGGCAAAUGGAACGUGCGGCGGCUGCAAGAAUUACGCAGCGGACGAAUCGAUUUCAUGGUUGCGAGAUUAGAGGCGCUUAAAACGAGGGAUAGGGGGGUUGUGCGUAUGCUGGUACAAACGUGGUUUGGACAUCAUGCGAAGAUUGAGGCGAUUUUUACAACUCAUGAUAAAUUGGCUAGUUAUUAUGAGAUUGGGAUGGUGAGGUUCGUGGAUAAUGUUUGUCAUCAGGUUUGUGAAAGGCAUCUUUUGGGGGGGAAGAGUCCGUUGAGGACUUUUGCGCCGGAUGUGAUUACGAGGAGGUUUCAGGGGAACGAAGAAGCACUACGAAAAAUCGCAGGAGAAACUAAUCAACAACUAGCUGAUCGCGAUAAAUUGAGACAGGAAAAGGAAUUGUUGAAUCAGGCUAUGAUUAAGGCGAAGGAGUAUAGGGUUAAUUUGGGGGUGCAGGGGUUGGGGUUGUGA